AUAUACUUCUGAUAUUUGCAGGAGAUCAGUGCUCUUCAACCUCACCCUAACUUCAGGUUAUGGCUCACUUCAGAAGCUCAUUCUGAGUUUUCCCAUAUCUUGCUUCAGAUGUGCUUGAAAGUCACAUAUGAAGCACCUCCAGGCAUAAAAAAAAAUCUUCUGAGAACUUAUGAAACUUGGACACCAGAUUUUAUCUCCCGAGGAGGAAACAUUGUUCGCUCUCAAGCUCUUUUUGCUUUGGCCUGGUUUCAUGCAGUUGUUCAAGAGCGUCGGUCAUAUAUUCCACAGGGCUGGACAAAAUUUUAUGAAUUCAACAUUGCUGACCUUCGAGCAAGUACAGAAAUAAUUGAUCAUGUUACCAAUUCAUCAA